UGAAACAAUCCACCCGUGCCGACCUAACUCCUGGCACUCAACGUUUGAGACACCCAAUCCCCUUGUCAACUCCCAUGACCUCCACGCUCUCUACAAUAUCCACGACAAACUGAGUGUUUCUGAUGAUCAUGAUCUCCUUCUUCGUUCUCACCGUCUCAUCCUCCUACAUGCCCUUCGUCAACGUGCUCUCCACAUCGCCCAUGAAGGUCAUCAAGGUCUUACCAAAACCAAACAGCUGCUUCGCGAAAAGAUUUGGUUCCCUGGAAUCGAUGGGCUUACGAAAAAGCUAAUUGACACCUGUCUCGCCUGCCAGGCAACAGUCGUUCAACAGCCAUUUGAACCCCUACGCAUGACCGGGUUACCACAGGCCCCUUGGCAACAACUCUCUGUCGAUUUCUGUGGCCCUCUUCCCUCCGACGAUAUGCUCUACGUGGUAAUCGACGAAUACUCCCGCUAUCCCGAGGUUGAGAUUGUUCGCUCCGCCUCUGCAAAUACCGUCAUCCCGAAACUUGACCGCAUUUUACUCACGCAUGGCAUUCCUACAGAAAUCAAGUCUGACAACGGACCUCCAUUUCAAAGUCACUCAUUCUCCCAGUUCGCGCAACACAUGGGGUUUCAUAACCUAUUAUAUAUACAAGCAUACCUACUUAAAAAUUCUAACUUAGUUCUAUUGUAA